GUAUUAAAAUGUAAAAUAACUAAACUUAAUUAUUAAACAUCGAAGAUAAUAAAAAAAAUCGGGAUUUUAAUUAUGAUUUUUCAUUUUGGUCUCAUUCAGAAUACAAUACAAAUGAAGAAGGAUUAUAUAUAGCCCAAAAUGAAAAAUAUGCAGAUUAAAGAAAGGUAUAUGAUCUUGUAGGUUCUUAGAUGUUAGAUAAUGCUUGGUAAGGCUAUCAUUGUUGUUUAUUAGCAUAUGGUUAAACUGGUGCUGGUAAAAGUUAUUCAAUGGUAGGAUAUAAUCCUAAUAGAGGAAUUGUUCCAAUUAUUUGUGAGGAAAUAUUUAAAAGAAUCGAAAAAAGUUAAUAUAAUAAUGAAGAAUAUGAAGUAAGUGUUUCUAUGUUAGAAAUAUACAAUGAGAAAGUACAAGACUUAUUAAUUCCUAUAAAUAAGAGAGUAUCAGGAGGAUUAAGGAUUCGUGAAAACAAUACAAUAGGAUUUUAUGUAGAAAACUUAACAAAAUAUCCAGUUAAAAGUUAUGAAUAAAUUGAAUAGAAAAUGGAAGAAGGUUCUAAACAUAGAACUAUAGCAUCAACUUAAAUGAAUGCAUCAUCAUCAAGGGCACAUACUAUUAUAACUGUUGAAUUUAGAAAAAGAUAAGAAAUAGAUGGAAGAAAAACAGAAAAAUUCUCAAUGAUUAAUUUAGUUGAUUUAGCAGGAUCAGAAAAAGUAGGCAAAACAGGAGCUUAAGGAGAUAGAUUAAAAGAAGCAGGACAAAUCAAUAAAAGUUUACAUAUAUUAGGUUUAGUUAUUUCUACAUUAGCAGAAAUCGAAAGUGGUAAUAAUAAAAUAAAAGUUCCUUAUAGAGAUUCUUGUUUAACUAAAAUAUUAUGUAAUGCUCUUGGUGGCAAUUCGAAAACAUUAAUGAUAUGUGCUAUUUCUCCAUCUUUUGAUAAUUACUAAGAGACCCUAUCUACAUUAAGGUAUGCUGAUUAGGCUAAGAAAAUUAAAAAUAAGGCUGUAGUUAAUGAAAGUGCAGUUGAUAAACUAAUAAGGUAAUUAAAGCAAGAAAACAUGAUCUUAAAAACUACUAUUUAGGAACUUAGGAAUAAAAUGAAUAAUAACCCUAAUUCAAGUUAUAAAGAAGUAGAAGAUUUAGAAGAUUAAUUAAAGGCAAUGGAUGAUUUAAUGAAUGAUAUGUAAAAAACACAUUAGGAGAGGCUGUUUUAAUACGAAUAAGAUGAUAAUAAAGAACAAAAAGAGAAUAUUGAUUUGCAAAAUACAGUUCAUUUGACUAAUUUAAAUGAAGAUCCGAUUUUAAAUAAUAAAAUUAUAUAUAGUUUAGAUAAAGAAUAUACAUAUGUAGGUAGAAAAAAUGCAAUCCCUCUACCUGAUAUUGUGUUAGGAAGUAUGGGAAUAAAAGAAAAGCAUGCUAUUUUUUAAAAAAUUAAUAAUGAAAUUUAUCUUAAACCAUACAAUGGUAAUUGUUAAGAUUAUAUUCAUGUAAAUGGAAAUAAAGUAGGAGAAAAAAUUAGACUUUUUAAUAAUGAUAGAAUAAUUUUUGGCACAAAUUCUACUUUUCUAAUAAUUAUUCCAGGCGAAUAAGAUAGAAACAAUGGCAAAAUAAUACCUAAAGAUAUAGAUUGGGAAUUCGCUUAAGAUGAAAUAUCAAAAAAUAUAGAAUUAAAUAAUAAUUAAGAGUAAUAACAAUAUGAAAAAGAUAUAAAAGAAUAACUUUCAAAUAAAUUUAAGGAUAUAGAAACUAAACUUAAUUCUGAAAAAUAAGAAAAUUAAGAUAAAAUAGAUUUUUAAAAAUAAUUAUAUGAAAUUAAAAUAAAUCAACUCUCAGAUAAAUUGAGAGAAGAAUCGUAAAAAUAAAAAUUAGAAAAAGAAAAACAUGAAGCUGAAUAGUAAAUGAAGGAAAUUAUUUCGAAACUGGAAGCAGAACGUAUCCAAAAGCAACUUGAAAGAGAAAAAGAAAAGAAAAAACUUUAAGACGAAGAACAAUUACGUGUAUAUAAAUUAAAAUAAAAAGAAAUAAUACAAUAAAGAUUAAGAAAAGCACUACCGAAAAUAUAAGAAGUUGGUUUCAUAGCUAAAGAAUUAAAAAGAGAAAUACAAUUUUCAACAAAAAUAAUUUAUAAUUACACCGAGCCAGGUGAAAUAGAACUAUAAGAGUAACGUUUGAAAAAGAAUAUAUAAAUUUUAGUCAAAAAUAUUGAAGAAGGUACUGAAUAUGUAUGGGAUUUAGAAAAGUUUUCAAAUAGAUAUUAUAUUAUAAAAGGUUUAUUAGAUAGAUAUUUUGAAUCUAAUAAGAUAGUCAAAUUAUAAAAAAAUGAAGACCCGUUUUGGGAUCCACCUGAAUCUUUAAUGAUAGGUUAAAGUUUCUUGAAAUUAAUGGGGUUAUCUUAUGCUUUAGAUAGUCGAAGUAAUUUAAAUUUAAUAGGUGAUAAUGGUUAGUGUGGAAAUUUAAGUGUAGGAUUAAUUCCUUGUAGUAUAGAUGGAAGUAUAAAUUAUGAAAACGAUAAUUAUAAUGAUGAUUUAUAGAUAGAAGAUCCAAAUGAUCUUUUAAAUAAAAGAAUGGAUUUUAAAGUUAUAAUUACAGAAGCGUAAAUAACUGAAAAUUUAUAUUAAAAUAUAUAUGUGGAAUAUUAUUUGAUGAACUCAAAAGGAAUAAUUAAUAAAUUCAAGACAAAAAUUAUCGAAGAAAGAUAUAUUUAUUGA